CGUGCAGCUCCGUGCUCCAGCUCCGUUUAACUGCGUCCAUGGACCCGAACCCUGUGCCUGCUCCUCUUUAACGGGCUGCAGAGGCUGAAUCAUCGCGAGACACGAUCCACCCUCCACCCCCCCACUGCGUAAUGUCUUUUGGCACCAACACAAAAACGGGCUUCUCCGUGCGGGACAUCCUGGAUCUCCCGGACCCCACAGGGAGGUACGGCUCCGGGACCGAGGAGACUGAGGAGGACGACACCGAGGAGGCCUCCGCGGAGGUUUCGGGCUCGGAAAUCGGGCAGAAAUUGGGAUUAAGCGGCCGGAGUUUGUGCGGGCGCGACGGUGGAAGCUGCGGCAGGUGGAGCCGUGGAUCCGGUAACCUUCACUUCUCAUUACACGAUAAUUCCAUGGAGUCCCGUUCCGAUCCUAAAUCCCCCGAGCUCUCCACGGACGAGUCCCCGGACGCGGAGCGGGAUGCGGCGGGCGGCGCGGCGCAGAAGACCCGCGGAAGGAAGCGGCGGGUGCUCUUCUCCAAGGCGCAGACCUUCGAGCUGGAGCGCCGCUUUCGGCAGCAGCGCUACCUGUCCGCCCCGGAGAGAGAACACCUGGCCGGGUUGAUCCGCCUCACCCCGAACCAGGUGAAGAUCUGGUUCCAGAACCACCGCUACAAGCUGAAGCGCGCAGAGCACAGUUUGGAGGCGCUGCAACAGCUGCUGCCGGCGCGCCGCGUCGCCAUCCCGCUUCUGGUGCGCGAGGGGAAGCCCUGUGAGCCAAUCACAGCGCAGGACCUGGAGGUGACGCUCAGGUCCGGCCUGGGCCUGCCUCUGUGCGCCUACUCCACGCUGCUGCAGCCCGCAUACGGCCCGGAGAGGCCCGGGCUGCCGCAGCAGCUGGCGCACGUGUACCACUGGAGCUGGUAAAACACCAAUAAUAAUAAGCUCGAGUUUGGCCAGACAAUAAUUGCUUAAAUUCCCCAAAUAACCUCAUUCAAACAAUAAAUGCUAUUGUUCGAAAAGUGACAAAAUUCCAUCUUUUUUGAAUGGAGUUCGGUUCAUGUCAGGAUUUGUUUCCCCGGGAAAAAAAAGUGUUUUCAAGAAAUUCUGAGUGUCUUAAAACAGGGCAGAAUAAAACAUAAGAACGUUUCCAUUUUUAAAGUUAAAGCAUUUUUAAAACGUAAGCACCCUGGGGUGUUGCAGGAGCCGCACAUGUAGGCCUACCACUGGAGCUGGCCAAACUCCGUUCCUAAAACACUCAGAAGUCCACAUAAUAAACUCGGGUUCGGCCUGAUAAUAAUUGCUUAACCCUUGUGUUGACCCGACAAC